GAGGACGACAGCUCUGCUGGAUGGACUCUGAGGAGAAACACAAGCAAACAACAGAGGACUCAGUGUGGAGAUGGGUGGGGAAAACCAACUGGUUCUUCCUGUAACAUCAGCUAUAUUUACACAUCAGACAGUGGAGUUUACUGGUGUGAGUCCAGAGAGGGUGCCAUCAGUAACAUGGUUAAUCUCACAGUCUCUGGUGGAUCAGUGAUCCUGCAGAGUCCUGUCCUCCCUGUGAUGGAGGGAGAUGACGUCACUCUGCUCUGUCAAACAAAGACCACUCCCUCCAACCUCCCAGCUGCUUUCUAUAAAGAUGGCUCCCUCAUCAGGAAGCAGCCUACAGGUCACAUGACCAUCCAGCAUGUUUCCAGGUCUGAUGAAGGCCUCUACAAGUGUGACAUCAGCGGUCAUGGAGAGUCUCCAUCCAGACUGAUCCAGCAGCAGUCUACUCAGUAG